AUGACGUACGCGGGUGUAUCUGUCAUCGCCGACGGCAAGCUCGUGGGCGGUUCUACCUCGCCAACCGUCGACGCCGGCACGGCCAGCGGGUACCACUUGCUCGCCGUGGAAGGCUACGCGCCGACCCACAAACCCAUCUGGUCUCGCAGUUUCACCAUCGGCGGCCAACGCUGGGGCAACCACCUGGACAUCGCCGACUUCAUAUCGCUUGAGCUUUGCCUCAUGGACAUCACUUCAUGUGCCGUCAAGGCACAGUUCGAGUUCAGCUUCGCUGAAGACACCGACAAGCAAGAUCCUGCACGUAUCAAUGUUAGCAAAGUAUUCGAGUUUCGGGCAUUCUAUGAGUCCCAUAAAAAACUCAUCAAAAGAGAAGCCUUGAAGAGACACAUCAAGCACAACAGUUUCACCAUACGGUGCGACGUAGUGGUCGUGGACGAUGACACUGCCGGCGCCACUCCUCCCAUCAUCGUGGUGCCGCCGUCCGACAUGCGCCAAAAUUUCACCAAGUUUCUCCUGGCCGGGGAGGGCACUGACGUUGUUUUCCAGGUCGGCAGCGAGACGUUCGCUGCCCACCGUUGCAUCCUCGCGUCCCGCUCUACCGUCUUCAGAGCGUUGCUCUUAGGCCCCAUGAAGAAGGAAGGCACGUCGACGGUGGUACAUGUAGAUGACAUGGACACCACGGUGUUCGAGGCGAUGCUUGGUUUCAUUUAUGGUGAAUCUCUGCCGGUGCCGGCGGACUAUGAGAACCAUGGUGUCAUGCUACAGCACCUGCUCGUCGCGGCGGAUCAGUAUGAUGUCCCGAGGCUCCGAUUGUUGUGUGAGAAGAUGCUGUGCGAGAACAUUUGCGUGAGUACGGCGAUGACCAUCUUGGCGCUUGCUGAGCAGCAUGGCUGCAAUGGCCGGAAGAAGGCAUGCUACGAUUUCCUCCGGUUUCGGGAUAACCUGAGGGAGGCGGUGACCACGGACGGCUUCGAUCAUCUCUGCAGGAGCUGCCCCCAUGUUAUGAAGGACGUGAUCCUUGCCAUGCUUCAAUUUUCAUAG